CGCAUUGUCAGUCCACAUUAUCCUGGCGAUCAGACCGCUCGCCAAAAACCGGUACGAUGGUGUAGCCCUAGUGUAGAGGCCCGCGCAGAAAAAUUAAAAACAAACUGUUCCUUUUACAAAACAGAACUUGGUGUCUGAAAUCCCGCGAAGGAAAUUUAAAAACAAACGGUUCUUUUUUCAAACCAGAAUGGCAAGGAUAGUUUGAUAAGUUUUUGAAGUUGCGUGAUUUCCCUGAAAAAAAAAUUGUGUCUGUGCUGAUGACGUUGGAUUAGCUGUACCCACAAUGAAACCCCGCAACAUGAAAAAACACAGUGCGAGUGCAAGGACGAUAAUAAUAUUGUGACAGUUCAAUUCGGACAUUUAACUAUGACCGCAGAGCGCAGUUCCUACGAGAUGGAGAUCCGAACCGACGAGAAGGAAAACCCCAAACCAGCCGCGGGAAAAAUCUUUUACAACCCUGGAAUUACUGAGGAGGAGACAGAUAAAACCAGCGUAUUUGACAGCUCGAUGGUGGAGUCGCCAAUGCUCGGGGCUGGAUUUAGAGGCAGCGGGUUCCUCAGGCCGCCGCUGUCGUUGCACGCUUCGAACAGUCUACAUAGGAUCCCGACGUACAGCAGUUCUAUUGGACAGAGCACUGUUUAUAGACAGGAUACGUGCAGGAGCCGGUCACACAGGCACGGAGCCACGCGGAGGACGAGGCGGCGAGCCAUCCUCAAAAAUGGAGAGUGCAAUAUCCUCAAGUCAAAGAUCUCGCAACGGCGACUGCGAUUCCUACAAGACAUGUUCACCACCUUAGUGGACGCACAAUGGCGAUGGACUCUGCUCGUUUUUACGCUAUCCUUCAUCCUCUCCUGGCUUGGAUUCGCAUUGAUCUGGUGGCUAAUUGCAUUCACACACGGAGACUUAGAAGAUAACCACCUCCCGCCCAACCAAGAAAGUUCAGACUGGAAACCGUGUGUGUUCAACAUUUAUGAUUUUACGUCGUGCUUCCUAUUCAGUAUUGAAACCCAACAUACUAUUGGCUACGGAUCCCGUACGACCACCGAAGAGUGUCCGGAAGCGAUAUUUAUUAUGUGCCUUCAAAGUAUCGUGGGUGUUAUGAUUCAAGCUUUCAUGGUCGGUAUUGUGUUUGCUAAAAUGACGCGACCGAAGCAUAGGACACAGACUCUUCUGUUCUCUAAAUACGCGGUCGUUUGUCAGAGAGAUGGAGAGUUAUGCUUAAUGUUCAGAGUGGGUGAUCUCAGGAAGUCGCACAUUAUUGGUGCAAGUGUGAGAGCGCAACUUAUUCGGUCGAGAACCACCAAGGAGGGUGAAGUGUUGUCUCAUUAUCAAACAGAAUUAGAAUUGAACGCCGACGGAUGCGACAGUAAUCUCUUUUUCAUCUGGCCGAUCACUUUGGUGCACCGAAUAAAUGCCGAGAGUCCGUUUUACGGUGUAUCUGCAGCGGAUGUGUUACAGGAGAGAUUCGAAAUAGUAGUUAUUUUAGAAGGUACGAUUGAAUCGACGGGACAGACGACGCAAGCUCGUUCUAGUUACACGACCAGUGAAAUCAUGUGGGGGCACAGGUUUGCACCGCUAGUGACGUACAACCGCGAGCGCCAGGGCUACGAGGUGGACUACUCGAAGUUCGAGGAGAUUAUGCAGGUGGAUACCCCGCUUUGCUCCGCCAAAGAGCUGGACGAGUUCUACGGCAGCCAGACUGAUCGCCGAUCUAUCGGCUAUAGCUCUCCCCUCCCCGAUGACGUGAUAUACCGAAGUUCCCUCAAGGCAUCACCCCUCGGCAUCGCCGACCGACUGGUAGCCGAAGCCAUCAGAAGGUCCAGCCUUACCCACCGACCCUCGAUCGUUAAGUACCCACCGGACUUCUUCAAUGGAUCCGCUGAACCGUCCUCGUCGUCAAGUGAAGAGGAGAAGACUAAGAAAAAACGACAGUCGAAGAGGCUCAGUAAUUGUUGAUGAGGUUUUUAAUGG